ACUGAUUCGAAACUUGGUACACACAACUUCCUAGUUCCUACAUGAGCUGUCAUUGUUUUGAUAAUCUAGAUUUUUACCGUUUCUGGGAGCCACUACGACUAUCAUUUUGAAGUGACAGUAGUAGCAGGCGUCGUUGAUCUCUGUGACUGAGGUCCAGUGAUGGAUCUGAAAGCUCUGUUGCAGCGUUUUGACGGACGGUCGCGGUUACUGCUUCAUUCGCUGCAUUCAGGAGCAGCCGGGGCGAGCAAUGCACAGACCGUUUUCAAUAAACAGCGCAGAUCGGAUCCAGAUUUCACGCUAAAUCCGUUAUUAGAAACUUUGUGCCAACAAGAACCAUGUGUGCACGAGGACGCUCUCGUUCUUAAACCUUUGGUGUGCCUGUUUUCUGAAGGCUUUAAACGAAAUCUGCUGUGUUUUCUACAUCUGCUUCACCCUGGACUACCCAAAGACCAUGUUCUCCACCUGCUUCAGUGUCUGACUCAGGAUGAUGUGGAAAAUCAGUGGACUUGUGUCUUAAUCAAGCAGCUCCAAAGAGAUCUUGAGGGCACUAGGAAAGGGACCCUCCUCACCUCCGAUGGUACAGGGAAACUAAAGAGUCUCUGUGAGAGAUUCAGGAAUACUAAUGCAAAAGGGAAAUGGGCUUAUUGUUUUGAGGAUCUUGAAACAGAGGAUAAAGAGACCAACAUGCCUGUUUUAUCUCAGAAAAAGAGGAAAAGCGACAACAUGGAUCAUGAUGGAGAUGCCCAAGAAGAUCACCAAUGUAAAAGGGUAAAGACAGAUUUCUGUCCAAGUGAAGAAGAAGAGAGGUUGACUGAAGAGGAGGAACCAAAAAUCAGAACGUCACAGCUGCAACAAAGUGCUGCUUCUGUAUCACAGGCUCGCUCUGAUGUGUUGGGUUCUUCAACAAAUCUGCCAGACCACAUGAAGGCUGCUGUUCCCGUGAUCAAAGAAUUACUAGAUACGGAGUCAGCAUGGGAUAAGAGCUCUGUGUCUGCUCUGAAAGUAUUUCAUGAAUGUGACCCCAAUGAGGUGGAGGUAUUGUGUUCGAUGCUGUGUUUGUCUGAAGCGUCUGAACAGAGUUUACCUCAGUUCUGUAGCUGCCUGCUGGAACUGUCUCCAGACCUCAGCCACAGCACUGCUUCUGCUGUGAUCACACACCUUCUGCUGCCAAAAAUUCUGUCCCUUGCAGAACCUGCCUCUCGCUGUUUGGUAACAGCAGUAAUGUCUCUUUGCACUCGUUACCCCAGGCCGACCUGUCAGGCUCUGAUAGAGCCAGUUUUACGGAAGGGUCAAACUGAAAGCGCCCAGGCAGAGGUACUCUGUAGACUGGUAGUGGACUGCCUUGAGCCACAUCACAGGCUGCUUGUAUUUCGAACAAUACUUGGAGUGCCCUGGGAUGAGGGAGUGUUAUCAGUCAUCCAUGCACUGCUGGAUUCAGAGCUUGAGCUGAGUGAGGAGGAUUUCUCUCUCUUCACUGAUCAGCUUUGCAGCCAGUCUCCACAUUUCAGCAAAUCUAUGAAGUUUGCCAAGAUGUUGCUGAGUGUCUUGACCAAGUAUCAGUCACAUGUGAAUCCUGCAUGCCACCAUACACUUUCCAGUUGCCUGUCUUUCAAUGAAACCUUCCUCAAGAAAUCAUUGCAGGCUGCAUUAAAACGAAUUUCCCUUUGAAUCGUAUUAUGUCCAUUUUAAAUGCCACUUUACUAGUUUCAGUCAUUCUGAUUGUAAAAUGUUGUGAAUAUAUUUUGUAAAUGUAAUAAAAUGUAUUUGUAUUGUAUAGCUGUAUUGAUAAAAAAAAAAAAAAAAUUAAAAUAUUGAAUUGGAUAACUCUUCAUAUCAACAGGGUUUAAAGGUUUCCGGGGUGGGGAAGUAAUGUAAAUAAUGAUUCAUAAAAAAAAUAAAAUAACAAUGUUCACAUAGGAGAGGAGCAGCUUUCACUCUCAACCAAACUAACAUUACUAGCCAAUCAGAAUUAUUUGCUCUUAUAAACAUGAGAUGCGCAUAAUUGUAUCCAAUUGCAGAGUUUCAGACCUGAUUAAUGGAGAACCAUAACGUAUAAAAAAAAUCUGCUGCGAGGCGCAAGAUGUCAAUCUAGUGUGUAUGUAGAUAGAAAAAUGAAUUACAAGCAGCGGGGCUUUGUUAACCUCUCAGAGUAAUCAUGUCAUCUCCGUAAGAACAAUAUGAUUGCCAGAACAAAUUUACCUGGAUUUUUGAAAAGGUCCUGUUCAUUCAUGAUCUCUUACAAUACUCUUAAUGGUAACUUAUGUCACGUGGUAAAGUGAAACAUCACCAGGCCUCUGGAGGGAUUUGCUAUAAUACAAAAGUGCU